AUGAAAUCUCAAUCACAACCACCAAACAAUUUAAAAAUUAAUAAUAAUAAAAAUAAAAAUAAUAAUAAUAAUAAUAAUGAUAACACUAUUAAUGAUGAUAAUAGAAUUAAUACAAAGACAUAUUUAGAGGAAUCACAAGAUAAAAGUGAAUUAAUUUUAAAAUUAAUUAAAAAAAAGAAUGAUCUUUCAGUAAUUUUGGAAGGUUUAAAGAGUAAUAAAAAUAAAAAUCAAAUAGUUAAUUAUAAUAGCGAAGGAAAUGACAACAAUAACAGUAACAAUAAUAACAAUAAUAAUAAUAAUAAUAAUCAUCAAAACAAAAUAAAUUUAUCCACCACAAUGAAAGAAUUAAUUUUAAAUAAAACAAAAGAUUAUAGUGGUGAUGGUAUAAAAGAUAUUUAUGAUGACGAUUUAUUUUUAAAAGACAUUAAAACAAAAAGUUUGUUUUGUGAAGAUAUUAUAACAUCAUCAAAAAAUACACAAGAAGAAACAAAGUCACACUUUUUCCAACUUUAUGGCAUAUCAGUUUAUAAUAAUAAUUCAAAAUGGUUAAAUUUAAUAAAUUUUAAUAGUAAUAAAAGUAAUAAUAAUAAUAAUAAUAAUAGUCAAGAGGGUUAUUUUAAUCACAAUCACAAUGGUAAUGAUAGUGAACCCAAUUAUCUUUUAUUUAGAUUUGACACAUAUUUAGAUAACAAAUAUUACGAACAUUAUUUGGUAAAUUUAUUUCAAGACAACCUCAAGGGAGUAAUUCAAAUUGCUAAUCACAAUUUACCAUACUGGAUACCUAUUCAAACAAUUGCCGAUAAAUAUUUAGUUAAUAAUAAUAAUAAUAUUAAGAUAUUUUGCGAAUUAAUACAAUUAUUAUUAAAUUGUUUUAUUCAAAGAAGAGAAGAGUACAACGAAACAUUAAUUAAAGACGAGAAUAAUGGCUAUGAAAUCAUAUUUCAUCAAAAUAACGAAUCAUACACCCAUUUCCAAUACAAAAUUUUAUAUUACUCAAACGAAAAUAUUUUACAUUUCGAAAUAAAAUAUGAAAAUUUAGCACACCAUCUACCAUCAAAAUUAAUAAUAAACAAUAGUAAUAUCAAUAUUUCAAAUGAUUUAAUAAACACCAAUAAUAGUAGUAAUAAUAUUAAUAAUAAUAAUAAAAUAAUAAAACAGUUAAUUAAAAUAAAUAGAGAAAAGCCAUUAAAGCCUAAUAACGAUAUAAAUAAUUUUGACACUUUGGAAUAUCACGAUUUUAAACAAUUAUUUAAACAUCUUAAAUAA